GAACUCUGCGAGCAGCUCGUCAAACGAUAUCUGGCAAGGCGAGAUUUGAACGAGAUGAAGAAAGACGCUGAUACGGGAAUGCUACACGCGAUCGAAUCAAGCAAAACAGAAAUAAAACAAACUUUGGAAGAUAUGAAACAAUUUAUAAAACUUCAUAAGAAAAAUUAA